AUGCAGAUGGAGAUGUCCAAGAAAGAUGGCAAAGAUGAGGUGCUUUACAUCACUGAACGGGAAUUUUGGGAUGAGAUCAAGGACGACUACAUUCAGCGAAUAGCUGAGAUGGAUCCCAAUGAAGUGUAUCCUUCGAACAACCCAGGACCAACCAAACCAGACGGAUCUAUCAAUUUUUUGAGUGUCACUGUGUCGGACAUCUUGUUGCUAGCCCUUGUGGAUAUGAGUUUAGGGGAGGCUGUUACCUGCCAGAAGUCGUCCACAGAUGAAGAAAUGGAGGCAGGUGCGUGUGCGGACCAAUUAGUAGCGUUUAUGGAGUGCGCCAUGCGAACGCAGUGUUUCAAAGCAGUAUCCAAAGAUGAUCAGGACAAAGGAGACAAAGGAUGA